UAUCACAUCAUAUAUAUUCAGAGGCUAAUCUUAAUUACCAUUUAAGCACAGUUUUCUUUAAAUCCGCUUUAGGUUUAGCCUGGCCCACUAUGGGUGGAGUUACGGAAUGUUGUGCUCGUAGGUUGCCAGCUGCUAGAGUUGCUACUCUAGUUUGAAUCAGGCUGCGGUGGGGGAAGGUUAUUUUCCCUGUAGUAGCUCCAAUAAUUGUGUGACUUGACUAACGUCGUAGCAAGCGGCGACGUGCCCUGGGACAAGGUGUCUUAAUUCAUGGAUUAAUCCCAAGAGUUUGCCUCCACACCAGUCGAGCAGUGGAUUACAGCUACAAUACCGGUUUUAUCGCCCCUGUUUGGUGCAGGCGAUUCCGUGCGGAUAAUCAACGUGUUGACUGAGUGCGAGUGGGAAGCAUUGCACCUCUUUUUGAAGCAACCGGGCAACCGAAAGACGACCGUCAUCUACGACUGAAGCGCAUUUUAUCGCCGGUCCAGCAAUUAAUGGAAUUCAAGCGCGGCGGAAUUGGAUUUUAACUCAUGUUUGUGCGGUGAAUGCAAAUGCAAGCCACAAUACUGCGUUUAGGUUGAUGCGAAACAACCUAAUUCACUGCUGCAGAUUGAGGGUGGCCCGAAGGCAAGCGUUCACCAUGGGAUCGCGUCUGUGACUUGGAUGGGUCAGUCAUACCACGGUUUCCACGGGUCUGGAGCCUUCUAUUCUGGUUGGUAAACGACAUUAGGCACAAUUAUUGACCCGAUUGAAUAAAACGCGCAUCCAGUACUGUAAGCUGACGACAUCCAAUGUUUUUUUAAACUGGUUACGACCGUCGAUGUGCUGUACAUUUCGUAUCUAGCUUAUAAGCUAUAUUCGUUAGCAGUUUAUUCAAAAUGGGUAACAGUUUCUCAAAUAUAUCCGCAUUUCAGUCCCUUCAUAUUGUCAUGUUGGGUUUGGACUCUGCCGGUAAAACGACUGUUCUUUACCGACUAAAAUUCAACGAGUUUGUUAAUACCGUGCCCACGAUUGGGUUCAACACGGAAAAGAUCAAACUGAGCAAUGGCACUGCUAAGGGCAUCAGCUGUCACUUCUGGGACGUCGGAGGACAAGAGAAACUAAGGCCUUUGUGGAAAUCCUAUAGCAGGUGCACGGAUGGUAUCAUUUAUGUGGUGGACUCGGUGGACGUUGACAGGCUAGAGGAGGCCAAAACGGAACUGCACAAAGUCACCAAAUUCGCAGAAAACCAAGGGACUCCACUUUUGGUGAUUGCCAAUAAGCAGGAUCUGCCCAAGUCUCUUCCUGUAGCAGACAUUGAAAAACAGCUGGCGCUUCACGAGCUCACCCCCUCCACCACCUACCACGUGCAGCCAGCCUGCGCCAUCAUUGGGGACGGACUACAUGAGGGCAUGGACAAACUGUACGAAAUGAUCGUUAAACGGAGAAAAUCGUUGAAACAAAAAAAGAAACGAUAACGGUGUUAUAAGUUAUACUGCCCCCCACCCCCACACCGUAGUUUUGUGUCUCAGUGUUUUGGGUUGAUGCCACUGCCGACCCUUUAUGAAAUGUUUACUCAGUGAUUUUGGAACUGGGCUGAUGGCAUAACUAAUGCUGCUAGGAACUAAUUUCAGGCCCCAAGUGCUACCUGCGUUACUCACAAGAGGAAGCACUAAGGAUGCUGGAUGUAUAUUCGAAGUUAACCAAAAAUACAGAUAAAAAGAAAAUGCAUUGACGAAAGACUAACACAAAAAGUACAAACCGGCUGGACCCUGUUUGUUGCUGCUUCUUUGUGGAUUAUAAAUGUAGCUUGGCAGUUUAAUGAGUACAUUAAAAAGCACUGUGAUUUUGAGACAUUACUCGAGACAUUAGUUGCAGUUCCUUGUUAAUUUACAUGGAAUGCUUUUUAAGUUUAAAACCUUUCUUAUUUUUCAUACUUUGCACGUAAUGUGGAUGUAGAUCGUACACAUUGAGUUGACUUUUUCCAUUUCUGAAAGCUUGUCUCAGUUUCAUGAAUUUGAUUAGUAACAUGGAACUGUAGGAAUUUAGGUAUUGCCUCUGGGUGAUAGGCUAAAUUAAUCUGUAUAUGAUAAUGUUUUCCCUCUGUUCUGAAGUGGUUUCAACUAGGCGUGUACAGAGUUGCAAAAACAUUGAAGUAAAUCGUAUUUAGCAUGCUGGUGUAAAGUCACCAGAGAAGUUUUGCUUACAACACACACCCUUACAGUUGCAAACACAACUUUGCACUUCCUUUUUUUUUAAAAUAUGAAACCGUAAAGUUCUACACUGUAUAGCAAAAUGAAUAUGUACAGUGAAGCCAAAAAAAUCUUGAAGUAUUUUUUAAAUUAAAAAUGUUAUUAAAAACAGAA